GGAAGGGAGAAAGUCAGCUACAAAGCCAAAGAGGACAGGAGGGAAUUUAACCGGCACAAAACUUCCAACAACUCCUCCUCUCUAUAUUAUUCUGCUUCUAAGCUGCUAUUUUGAGUGCUGCUCCUGGCAUAACUAGUCAAGCUAGUGGAUGUUUUUUUUUUUCAAGAACACAAACAUGAUGAGAGCCUGAGGACAAGCUGGAGAAGCUCCCAUUAUUCCAGAGAUCCAUCCGGAGACGUCCACUCCGUCCUCAGGGGCGAAUGAGAGGAGCGGGUCUGUAACGCUGGACAAACCAUGGACUCUGCAAAACGCCCACUUCACCUGGACGUCCAACAUGUUCCCUGCUAGCCUACUGGUUCUGAUGAUCCUGCUGCUACCUCAAGCCUCAUCAGGUCACCAGGAAGGUCCCAGUCAGAUUCAUGGAAAGCUGGACAGCCUUCUGGAGCCUAGUUUGGCCCAUACCAUCCAAAACCUCCUGCUAACCCGCCUGGGCUUACAGUCACACCCCAACCCCAGCGCAGAGGCACAAGUUCCCCAGUAUCUUCUGGACUUGUAUCGAUUCCACACUCAACAGUACCAUCUUAUCGAGGACCCAGAAUUUAGUUACCCCUCAAAGCAUGUGCAAGGAGCUAACACAGUCCGAUGCUUUCACCACACAGAUUCUCCAACUCAGAAUCUUCCAGAAGAGCAGAAAACGACAGAGGACGGCAUCCACAUAGGCUUCAACCUGUCCUCCGUUCCUCCAGAAGAAAGCGUGGUGUCCGCAGAGUUACGUUUACUGCAUGAAGGGUCAAGCGGAGGAUCUCACGUGGCCAGUCUUUACCUUUCCAACCAUGACCCUUCAUCAAAACCCAUUCUGCUCCAUUCACGUCGACUGACCAGAGACGGGAAGAGUGCACAACUCUGGGAAACCUUUCCCUUGGAUAGAGAAGUGUUUCAGAAUUUAUCCAAGACAUCAGGAAGCCUGUCUUUUAUCCUGGAUGUUAUUCCUGAUAAUAACAGCAGCAGCAGUCUUCUCGAAGAUAGACAUUUGCGAGUACGCAGGUCCACAUUGCAGGACGGGCCCACUUGGGAAAGGCAAAGGCCCUUAUUGGUGACCUACAGUCAUGAUGGCCGCAGCGAGCCUUUUGUGAAUCUCAAAAAGCGGAAAACCAGGAGCAGAUGGACCAAAUUUAAGGGUGAUAGGGGUCAGGGCUCCGACUGGAAUGAAAGGCGAGUGAAACGAAACAAUGGGAGGGCCGCAAAACUCAAAAGACUCUCCCGCGCUCGCUGUCGUCGGCACCCGCUGUACGUGGACUUCAAAGAUGUCGGCUGGAAUAAAUGGAUCAUAGCUCCGUCUGGUUACGAUGCUUUCUUUUGCCUUGGAGAGUGCCGCUUCCCACUGGCUGACCAUAUGAAUUCAUCAAGUCAUGCCAUGGUCCAGACGCUGGUCAGCUCCGUAAACGGGGCCGUACCACGACCAUGCUGCGUCCCGACAGCUCUCAGCCCAAUCGCUCUACUCUUUCUGGACCAGGAGGAACGUGUGGUGUUGAAAAACUACCAAGACAUGGUGGUGGAGGGAUGUGGCUGUCGAUAGCCAGAUACUUGUGGAAUAAAUGAGAAAGGGUGGGCUUGAAUUAGGAAGAAAGAAACUGAAAGAGAUGAAGAAAGCGAGGUAAAUGGACACGAGAAUCUUCACAAAUCCUCCAGAACUCAGCUUUGACUUCUUGUGUCCGAUGAAGCAUUGUAUUUGUGUGAACUAUGACCCUUAGAACAGUGUUUCCCAACCUUGUUCCUGGAGGUACACACUAACAGUACGUAUUUUGGAUGUCUCCCUUAUCUGACCUGUAAACUUCAGGUGUUGGAGUCUCUUCUAAUGUUCUGAUGAGUUGAUUCAGGUGUGUUUGAUUGGGAAGAGGUUAAAAAUGUGUACUGUUGGUGUGCCUUCAGGAACGGGGUUAGGAAACACUGCCUUAGAAGCACUCAAGACGCAAUGUGUCCGUCUUAUUAGUACACUCCUGCUUUUUCUGUCUCAGCUGUGCAAUAGCGCUUUCCUUUGUUGCGUAAGUCCUUCUCUCGUCAUUGACAACUCAAAGGGACCAAGAAUUGACUCUUGCUGAGUGUUUGUGUUGCCGGACAGACUUAAACCGGAGGAAGAAAAGUGAACUCUUCUGUGAAAUCUCUGGUUGCGAAUGAAUCUUCAAAGUAAUGCACUGUGACAGAGACGAUAACUGAUUGCAGGGCGCUUCUUCGCAAGAGCUAUUUAAAAGAAAAUCACCACACCAAGAAACUAUGAUGUUAUUAAUGUCUGAAUGUGUUAGUACUAUUAUUUAUGGUGACCUGUUUUUUAUGUACGGUGCAGUCCAAAGAAAAGUUUGCUAUACAAAUAUUUCUGUGGUAGUAAAUUUAAUUUAAGAAUGCAUCAAUAUAUCUAUUUAAACAGCAAAAAAAUAUAGAGUAUUUAAUCUUGACAAAUACUGCAGAUAUAUAAUACCAGAACGCCUUAUAGAUCCAUUUAAAGCCAGUUAAAACUGGUGUUACUCAUCUAUUAUUUGUAAAACCACAGCACUGAAUCAUGGCAGCUUUUAUAUCGGCAUUGACUGAACUACGAGGGCUCUUUCCUUAAAACAGAAGCUUUGUGAAACAAAGAAAAUCGCCUAAACAUUCCACAACAUGGUGCCAAAUGUGAUGUGCCAUAGAUAUGCAAGCUUGCUAAGAGGUAUUAUGCAUCAUAACUUGUGUCUUUUGUCAUCAUGUACUUUAUCACACAAGUGUUGACCAAACUGUUUGUAUUUAAAGACAACCGGUUCAAAAAAAAAAGGCCAGUCAUGGAUAGCUGAUUGUAUUUCAGUGUGAUGCUUUACAUGCAGUUUAAACAAAAGCCUCGAAAAAAUGUCUGACAUUGUCUGGAGCCAUUGUGAAUUGUGUAAUAAUAAACAGCAAACUAAUCUGGAAGAUCUAACUAUCAAA